CCGCGGGGUGCAGUAUGCCCUCGGCCCCCGGACCAUGGAGAUCGCCCUGGUGCUCCUGGAGAACGGCGGGGCCAUGACUGUUCGAGGAACGGGUGAGGCCCCGGCAGGCUGUGGGCAGACCACGGCGGGAGCACUUCCGUGUCCCCCGACGGCUGCGCUGGACGAUUCACCCCAGGAGCCGGGGCCCAGGGACGCAACGAGGGGCGCAGACCCAGGCGCGCAGCCGCUGCCCCGGCUUCCUCCGCUGCCCCCGGAGCUGCCGCAGCCUGGACAGCGGUCUCCAGAAGAUGAGGAGGAGGACGGAGAAGGCAGCCCCGUCCUGGGCGUGCUGGAGGACCAGGCGCUGGACACGGGGGCCCUGCACCACCAGCGCGUCUUCAUCAACAUCUCCGGGCUGCGCUUCGAGACGCAGCUGGGCACCCUGGCGCAGUUCCCCAACACACUCCUGGGGGACCCAGCCAAGCGCCUGCGCUACUUUGACCCACUACGCAACGAGUACUUCUUCGACCGGAACCGGCCCAGCUUCGACGCCAUCCUGUACUAUUACCAGUCGGGGGGCCGCCUGCGCAGGCCGGUCAAUGUCUCCAUGGACGUGUUCAUGGAUGAGAUCCGUUUCUACCAGUUGGGGGAGGAGGCCUUGGAGCGCUUCCGGGAGGAUGAGGGCUUCCUUAAAGAAGAGGAGAAACCACUUCCCCGAAAUGAGUUCCAGCGCCAGGUGUGGCUCAUCUUUGAGUAUCCUGAGAGCUCAGGGUCUGCGCGAGCCAUCGCCAUCGUCUCCGUCUUGGUCAUCCUCAUCUCCAUCGUCACCUUCUGUCUGGAGACCCUGCCCGAGUUCCGGGAUGAGAGAGAGCUGCUCCGCCAGCCCCCAGUUCCCCACCAGCCUCCUGUGUCUGCCCCUGGGGUCAACGGCAGCAGGGCUGUGGCACCGAUCUACGGCCCCACCGUGGCACCCCUUCUGCCCAGAACCCUGGCAGACCCUUUCUUCAUUGUGGAGACCACGUGUGUCAUCUGGUUCACCUUUGAGCUGCUUGUGCGCUUCUUUGCCUGCCCCAGCAAGGCCGAGUUCUCCCGGAACAUCAUGAACAUCAUAGACAUUGUGGCCAUCUUUCCCUACUUCAUCACCCUUGGCACUGAACUGGCAGAGCAAGAGCCAGGGGGUGGAGUAGGGGGUGGCCAGAACGGGCAGCAGGCCAUGUCCCUGGCCAUCCUCAGGGUGAUCCGCCUGGUCCGGGUGUUCCGCAUCUUCAAGCUCUCCCGCCACUCCAAGGGGCUGCAGAUCCUGGGCAAGACCUUGCAGGCCUCCAUGCGGGAGCUGGGGCUGCUCAUCUUCUUCCUCUUCAUCGGGGUCAUCCUCUUCUCCAGCGCCGUCUACUUUGCCGAGGCUGACAACCAGGGGACUCACUUCUCCAGCAUCCCGGAUGCUUUCUGGUGGGCGGUGGUGACUAUGACCACUGUGGGCUAUGGAGACAUGAGGCCCAUCACUGUGGGGGGCAAGAUUGUGGGCUCCCUGUGUGCCAUCGCUGGGGUCCUCACCAUUGCCCUUCCUGUUCCCGUCAUCGUCUCCAACUUCAACUACUUCUACCACCGGGAAACGGAGCAGGAGGAGCAGGUGGCCCUGAAGGAAGAGCAAGGCAGCCAGAGCCGGGCAUCUGGACUGGAUGCAGGAGGCCAGCGCAAGGCCAGCUGGAGCAAGCCUUCCCUCUGCAAACCCGGGGCAUCCCUGGAGCGCUCAGACAGUGCCCGCAGGGCCAGCUGCCCCCUGGAGAAAUAUAACCUCAAGGCCAAGAGCAACGUGGAUUUACGGCGGUCCCUGUAUGCACUCUGCCUGGACAGCAGCCGGGAAACGGACUUGUGAAAGGAGUGCCAGGCAGACUUGUGGCAGUAGGGUGGGAGCAGGGGUGGCCUCCUGAGCCCAGGGACUCACUUGACACCGUAGAGUAUUCCAAGCCCACCUUUUUGCUGAAGUCUGUCUCUCUCCUUCUGUCCUACCCUUCCUCCAGCCCUCUCAUCUCUCCUCUUGUUUCCAUGACACCAAGGGUCGCCUAUUUUUAAAAAGUACCAAAUUCCAUGACGUAGGAGCUGUUGAAAUGGUGAGCGCUGUGAGACGGAUGUGUUUGUGGCCAGUUUCCUAUACCCAGCAGAGGGAUAACCCAAACAAAAAUGACUUUAAAUAGCCCAUGUCCCAAGGGAUUUUGCAGCCUUCUCCAUGUGUUCCCAAGUUGCUUUGCAUAUGCUUAUAUUUGUGUAUAGGGGAAAAUAUUAUUUUUAUGGCUGGUGAGUAGAUUUUUGUACUGUAGUCAGAGAGCGUAUUUGGAUAUAUUCUCAAGAUAUAUAUUGAAUUACUGAAUUUAUGGAUGAAAGAGCUGUUGAUGUAUUCCUGGGAUACUCAGAGAUCCAGACCCAGGCAAGGCUGCUCUGGUUUCUGUAUCUCUAAACCUCUCUUUUCGGGGAUGUGACACUGGUGCUUUGCAGCUAGGUCAGGAAUGUUCCAGAAGAAAGGCAAAUCUGACUUUUUCUGUGCGCCUUAAACAAUUCUCUUAACUUUCUUCAAAAAAGCAUUUUACAGAUGUUGGAGGAAAACUUCUGAUAAUUCACUCUUUUUAUUUUUAUUCCCAGGAAAUAAAAUUUGACUUGGCUAAGGCAAGUGUUAGUUUUUCUACAGAUAAUAUUUUGUUUUUGAAAUUUUAAAUAUUAACCUAUUACUUGGUGUUUCUGGGU